AUGCUUUCUACUAAUAAUACUUAUUAUUCCCUUUCUGUAACCAUUUUCUUGCUGCUAACAUUUAUUUUUCCUUCACAAGGUCAAUUGAGUUCAACCUUCUAUUCCACCACAUGCUCCAAUGUGUCAUCCAUUGUCAGGAAUUCUGUUCAGCAGGCUUUGACAUCUGAUUCACGUAUUGCUGCAAGUCUCAUUCGUCUUCACUUUCAUGAUUGUUUUGUCAAUGGGUGUGAUGCUUCCAUUUUGCUAGAUGAAGGUGGUAACAUCACACAAAGUGAGAAAAAUGCAGCUCCCAACUUCAAUUCCGUUCGGGGAUUUGAUGUGGUUGACAGCAUCAAGAGCACCCUCGAGAGUUCAUGCCCUGGAGUUGUAUCUUGUGCUGAUAUUCUUGCACUUGCAGCUGAAUCUUCUGUGUCCUUGUCUGGAGGUCCUUCAUGGAAUGUACUAGUUGGAAGAAGAGACGGUGUAACUGCAAACCAAGGUGGUGCCAACACCUCCCUUCCAUCUCCAUUUGAGAACCUGCAAAAUGUGUCAUCCAAAUUCUCUGCUGUCGGCUUAGACACCACUGAUCUUGUUGCAUUAUCAGGUGCACACACUUUUGGUCGCUCCCAAUGCCAAUUUUUCUCCCAAAGAUUGUUCAACUUCAAUGGCACAGGAAGCCCUGACCCUACAUUGAACUCAACCUAUUUGGCCACUCUACAAAAAAACUGUCCCCAAAAUGGAAAUGGGGCUACAUUGAACAACCUUGAUCCUUCAACCCCUGAUACUUUUGACAACAACUAUUUCACCAAUCUUCUCAUCAGCCAGGGUCUUCUCCAAACAGACCAAGAACUCUUCUCCACUGACGGCUCUUCCACAAUCUCCAUUGUUAACAACUUUGCCAACAACCAAUCAGCCUUCUUUGAAGCGUUUGCUCAGUCCAUGAUCAACAUGGGCAACAUCAGCCCUUUGACAGGAACCCAAGGACAAAUCAGAACUGAUUGCAAGAAAGUUAAUGCAAGUUGA